AUGGAUGGAACUGACCGCAAGAUCAUCGUUAAUACGAAAAUCUACUGGCCGAAUACAAUCGCUCUUGACCUGACGACAGAUCGAGUCUACUUUGCCGACUCGAAACUCGACUACAUCGAUUUUGUCAACUACGAUGGAACAGGCAGAACCCAAGUACUUGCGUCCUCGAAAUUCGUCCAACAUCCGCAUGCGUUAGGCCAUUUUCGAGGACAACAUGUACUAUUCCGAUCGCCGUCUUCAACGACUCCAAGUGUAUCCAAAGUAUCCAAACGGUACUACUGGCGAAUACCCGAGCCAUACAUUCAGCAAGGCUCUCGGAGUAGCUGCCGUUCAUCCUGUCCUCCAGCCGAAGGUCGCAAAGAAUCCUUGUGCAGGCAGUCCAUGCUCGCACAUCUGCCUACUCUCCGCAUCGGUUUGUUCAGCUUCUCUUGCGGUUGUCCUAUGGGCAAGCGUCUAGACACUUCCGGCAAGAACUGCGUGGUGGAUCAGAGGCCAUUCCUGCUGCUCAUCCAGAAGAACAACGUGUUCGGCGUCGAAAUGACCACCCAAGCGAACAGUGUCCCAUCACUAGCCGGUAUGAUUCCACUAGCUGGCUUGGCGAACGCCUUCGAUGCAGGAUAUGAUGCCGAAUCUGGAGAUCUCUUUGUGCUGGAGCAUACCAACAUCGCUCGAACUCUGACUCAGAUCUCCACGGAUGCUGCCAUAUACAGAUCGUCGAUCAAUGCUUCGAACAAGACCCAACUGUACUCGUCACAAAUCCCAGAUGAUCCGUACUGUAUGGCAUUCGACUGGAAUGGUCGUAAUCUAUACGUUGGAAACAAGAUAUCGCAAACGAUCGAAGUGGUUCGCACUGUAGGAACACAGUUCCGUGCCGUAGUGCUGUCGAAUGAUCAGACGCCAACAGCCGUGGUGACACCGGUAUCAAUUGCAGUUGACUCAGACAGAGGUCUACUCUUCUGGUUGGACAGAGGUGGUGGUGCCGCUGACGUUAAAGUCGCCAGAGCUAAUUUGGACGGUACAAGUCCUCUGGUCAUUGCUAGUAAUGACUUGACUGAACUGGAUCAUAUCACUCUUGACACCACAAACCAGAGGGUCUACUUCAGUGAAGCGAAAGCUGGAAGAAUCUCAUCUGUAACCUACGAUGGUCAAGAUCGCCACUAUAUCCUUAACGAUGCCGGGAAACAACCAAACGGCAUUGCAUUCUUCAGUGACCGCUUAUUCUAUGCGGAUUCGGCAUUCGAUUCCAUUGAUGUGGCGACAAUCGUUGGCGAUGGACAGCCACCACAAUUCACUCAUUUCAAGAAGGAAAUCGAGAACCUCGUCAAUAUCAAAGUACUACAGCCACGAGCU